UCGUCAUAUGCUGAGAGAUUUCUAUGUACUGGCUGUGAAAAUUGCAUAAUGGGAAUGCUUUAAAGUUUGUAAUGCAGCUAAAAAACAAUGGAUUAAAAUAAUGCAAACAAUACAGUCACGAGACACUACAAAACAAAUCACCUACCUUCCUCUCUUUCUCUCUGUGGCUCUGGCUGAGACUGUGCCUGCCAUGUGUUUGAAACUUUGUUCUCAAAUCUAACACACCUUUUCAUCACAUAAAUCAGAGCCUUUAAGCAAAACCAAGUUUCCCAAACUCAAAAGUAAGCUCACUUUUCCCCCUUGUUCGUCAAAAAAUGCUACCAACCUCCUCACUCAAGAGCUGAAACCACUGGAGUAGCUGUCUCUGUGAGCAAAGAGUGCAGUAGACAAUGUGAGUCAAGUUUCUGCUCAGUGCCUCCAUUAUUGAGAUAUGGCAAAUACUGUGGACUUUUGUAUAGUGGAUGCCCUGGUGAAAAACCUUGUGAUGGCCUUGAUGCUUGUUGUAUGAAGCAUGAUCAAUGUGUGCAAUCCAAAAACAAUGACUACCUAAGCCAAGAAUGCAGCCAAGCAUUGAUAAACUGUAUGAAUAGCUUCAAGAACUCGAGGGCUCCUACAUUCAAAGGAAACACGUGCAAUGUGGAUGAUGUCGUUGAAGUAAUACAUGUUGUUAUGGAAGCCGCUUUACUGGCUGGAGGGAUUCUCCACAAGCCCUAGAGAGAAACAUUGUUUGUCUGUCUAUCUGUCAUGUCUAAGCUAAGAACAGAUAUUUUCUCGUUCUUCCUAUUGUUUUUAGUUGCUCUCUUACCAAAUUAAUCAAACUUUAAUGCUUUAUUUUAUUUGUUCACAACCAAUGUACUCUGUUCGCACACUCUUGUUAUUAGGUAAAGUAUGCUUAGUCAUUCUUGUGAUCCCCCACCUCCUUCAAAUGUACACUGCAAACACAUUUUUUGUUUCUACGGUUUUCCUUGUGAUGGAAUUAGUUUCACUUUUUCAAAGAUUCCUUUAAAGUUCUCAAUGAUUACUAUUUUCAUAUAUAUAAACUAUAAACAAAUAAAGGUAAGCAUGGCUAAGCCAACUCCAUCUUCAAAAGUAAAUUUGAACAUCAAAGUUCAUGAAGCAAACUUUCUUUUCUACAAUUUUGUUUGUUUGGUGAUUGUGUCCAACACCAGUAAUUUUGUAUAGAUCUGCCUGCUGGUAGAGAAUACAAUUCAAAUGCUGAGUAAGCGAAAGGUCAGGAUACUAAGUUUGUAAAGGUAUCACUAAAGCAGAACUUUAGUAAGCAAAAAAUUAAUUACAUGAUAUAUCCCAUCGAUAAUGAUAUUUUCUUCUUCCAAAAGCUUGGCCUAAACAGAAUCCAUUGCCGCUUCUUGAGAAAUCUGCAAGAGUGGAACCUUUCUUCUUCCCACAUCAACUUUUCAUUUUCCUUUUUAGAAAACCGGAACAUCUUUUAGGAUUCUUAAAUUUUUUUUAAUGCAUAUUAAACAUCUAAAAUUUAACUUCACUUCUUACUUUAUUUCUAACAGAGAAUUUUAUUUUGCUACUCACACAGUAACUCUAUAAAACCAAAAGAUAGUUCCUUCUCCCAUUCUCACAUUCAAUCCAGUCUAGCUCUCUUAUCACCAAUUCACUCGACAUAUUUCAUAGGUGUUUUUCUUCAAGGUUUUUCUGUGUAUCUAACCACCAUCAAAUUCCAAAAUUUAUCUAUACAUCUUUAUUCUGUGUGAAUAUCUACUGGCUAGUCAUCGGUUUUUAUUUAUUUUUUCUAAGUGAAUAUUAACAUUUGCUCUCUUCUUUCAGAAUGAAAUUUCAAGUUCCUGAAACGGAGAAUAACAACAAAAAAUCUAGACUAAUUUUUAAGAAGUUUCUGUGGAGGAUCAACAAUUUCUCUGAAGUGAAUCGCGGACGGUUUUGCUCUGGCAAAUAUAUACUUGAUGACAUUGGAUGUUACAUCACUAUCUACCCAAAUCAGGAUAUUCAGGAUUACUUGGAGAUUUAUUUACAAGCUGACAUGAAUUGCGCUAAUUUACCUAAAGACGGGAAAAAACCUGCACAUUUCAAUCUGGCUUUAGUUAACCAGGUUAAUGACAAAAUGUCUAUAACAAAAGGAUAUGAAUUUGAGUUUAGUUCAAAUGUCUCUUAUUGGGCUCUCGAUGGUACCUUGACUUUUAAUGAUCUUUAUAAGCCUAGUUGUGGGUUUAUUGUGAAUGAUACUGUAAUGAUUGAAGUUGAAAUUUUUACCACCAAAUAUGUGUAUGAAAAUGAAGAAUAUCAGCCUGUAUGCAAGAUUGAUGACAACCACAACAAUCCUUUAUUGCAUAAAAUGUUCACAAGCUCAUUUGAAAAUAUAGAGCAAACUUUUAUUCCACUGAUAGAAGAAGUAUGUUUGCAACAUCCCUCACUUAUUUUAAGUCAAGAGAAAAGAAGUAUUAGGUUUAGUGAAUGGGCAUUCACAGCAUUGGGUCGAGUUCUUUAUUUUCUCAAGACUAAAAAAGUAAAAGAUAUGAACGAUGAAGCAUGUAAUCAUCUCCAAAUUCUCUGGGAUGAACUUAAGACAUGUGGAUUUGAUUUAACGUGGUUAGAAGUUCAUGUUGAAUCUGCCUUGAAUGCGAAAAGAUCCAAAGAGAAUGUUGAUUGGAUUAGAAAAAAUGUGAGUGAUUUAAAGUUAAGAACAGAAAAGUUGAAGGCAAAGUGGAUUCGAAGAGAGAAAGAACUUGGAAUGGCAAUUAUGAAGUUGAAGAAAGCAGAAGAAAGAUUUGAAGAGUCAAUUUGGAUUUCAGAUUAGGAUAUUGAAGAUACAUAUUCAUAUGCUGUUUAGCUUCAACAAUGUUGAC